GGCUACCUGAAGCUGAAGAGAAGCUAGCUUGAUUAGCACUUCUAACUGAGGCUAUAUUAGUUGUUCUUAACUAUUGCUUUCGCGGUAGUUAGACCAAAUGAGUCGCGGAGAGUCACCGGAAAAGGAGUUAAGAACUCUAAAUCACCCAGAGAACAAGAAGCUAAAAACGGAGGAGGAGCUGAACAUCUCGGGUGAUGACCAGUCCACGAAGUCUACUCCUAAGGGUGGACGUAUCCAGACUCGGGACAUUCACCCACGGGACCUCAAUAACCAGUUUCAUAUACCAAAGCCACCCAAGAGCCGUCAAAAACCAGUGACACAGCCAGUUGAUGGAGUUAGGAAUGCUAUGCAAGGGGCGGUGGCUCAUGCAGGGAAUCUGGAACCUGACUCUCAACCUCUGGACUACGCAGGACUUCGGUUUGAUGAGCAUGGGAUGAUUCUGGCACACAGCAUCCUGGGUAGUUUAGAGGAUUUCAGAAGUUAUUUGGAAGCCAAAGGGGAAACUGAGUUGGUGAAACGAAUACCAAAGUCCCACGCUGAUACUUCAUCUGAGACCCGUGGGAGGUAUCACUCUGGACGUGGGAUCCCUUCAGACCACAGAAACAUCCAGAGUAAUGCCCUGCAGCAUUGGCAUAAACAUAUGAUGCAGCGCAGACAGCAGCAGGCCUCUUAUCUGACUUGCUCGACAGACCAGUCGAAAACUUACUGAUGAAUCAAGAUAACCGUUUCAGAGAAGCUCAGGAGCA